AUGUUUGCGCUUCUUUUUGCAGGACAUGUGCUUGCAAGCAAAGGCGAUGACAAUCUGGUUGAUAACGAAGGAAGCAUUAACUGGGGAGUUGCCAUUAGAACAGCUUUGCAUAAAACACAGGACAGAACUGAAAAUGCCUUGAUUUUGCUGUUUAUAGGGCUUUUUAUAAACUUUGCUGGAAUACGUAUGAAGAAAUUGUCGUUUUUUGCGAUAUUUUUCUGCACUAUAUGGGUUGGAAUUGAUACUCUAAGGAAUUACAAUGAUAUGAUACUUAAAAUCAGAUAUAAAGGUCUGUUUAAAAACGCAACAACUCUGUUCAAGUUGUGCAGCAAGGUUGUGGAUAUGAUUUCAAACAACAUUGUUUUUACGUUGUUUUUGUCACUGGUAUCAGGAGUGAUGUUUUUGUAUGUUUUCAAAAUUGUUGCAUAUCUAAUGAUACUUUAUCUUGGGAUCUGCGCAUGGAACAAUAUUGGAAGCAUAGAAGACACAUCAUCAUCUGUAGUUGUGUACUAUGCAGUGCAGAUAGCACUUUUGAUCUUUGGAAUAAUAGGGAUGUCGUUUGUUGAUCCUAUUGCAGUACUAAUGUGCACUAUUGUGUUUUCGAUCUUCGGAUCUGUGCUAAUCAUUCUUGGAUUGAAGUUUGGAUUGGGAGUCGAUCUUGAUAUAGAAGAAUUUGUCAAAAUGUUCGCUCUUGAGGAUGCAAAGAUUGGAGAUAAUGAGAUUCACUACUUGAAGUUUUUAUACGCUAUACUAGUAAUACUGGGUAUUAUUAAUCAAAUAUUUUUCCGAAAGAAAAAGGCUUGA